UUUUGGGGGGGGAGGGAAUUUUUUUGGAGGGGGCACAAAAAGAAGAACUGCUCACCGGGGGAAUACACAAAGGGCAUAAGGGACCGCCGGCAGGAGUCGGAAGCCUGGGGUCCAGGAUGGAUGUGGCGGACCCGCAGCAGCUGGGCAUGUUUACAGAGGGCGAGCUGAUGUCGGUGGGGAUGGACACGUUUAUUCACCGCAUCGACUCUACCGAGGUCAUCUACCAGCCCCGCCGCAAGCGGGCCAAACUCAUCGGCAAGUACCUGAUGGGGGACCUGCUGGGGGAGGGGUCGUACGGCAAGGUGAAGGAGGUGCUGGACUCGGAGACGCUGUGCAGGAGGGCUGUCAAAAUCCUCAAGAAGAAAAAGUUGCGGAGGAUCCCCAACGGGGAGGCCAAUGUGAAAAAGGAGAUCCAGCUCCUGCGGAGGCUGCGGCAUAAGAACGUCAUCCAGCUGGUGGACGUGUUGUACAACGAAGAGAAGCAGAAGAUGUAUAUGGUGAUGGAGUACUGUGUGUGUGGCAUGCAAGAGAUGCUGGACAGUGUGCCUGAGAAGCGCUUCCCCGUGAGCCAGGCCCACGGGUACUUCUGCCAGCUGGUGGACGGCCUGGAGUACCUGCAUAGCCAGGGCAUCGUGCACAAGGACAUUAAGCCCGGCAACCUGCUGCUCACCACCGGCGGCACGCUCAAGAUCUCCGACCUGGGCGUGGCUGAGGCCCUGCACCCGUUUGCCGAGGAUGACACGUGCCGGACAAGCCAGGGCUCCCCCGCGUUCCAGCCGCCUGAGAUUGCCAAUGGCUUGGACACCUUCUCGGGCUUCAAGGUGGACAUCUGGUCGGCUGGGGUCACGCUCUACAACAUCACGACAGGCCUGUACCCGUUCGAGGGGGACAACAUCUACAAGCUGUUUGAGAACAUCGGGAAAGGGGACUACACGAUUCCCGGCGACUGCGGCCCCCCACUCUCGGACCUGCUGAAAGGGAUGCUGGAAUACGAGCCGGCCAAGAGGUUUUCCAUACAGCAGAUCAGGCAGCACAGCUGGUUCCGGAAGAAGCACCCGCCGGCUGAGGAGCUGGUGCCCAUCCCGCCGAGCGCAGACUGCAAGGACCGGUGGCGUGGCAUGACGGUGGUGCCAUACCUGGAGGACCUGCACGGCUGUGCCGACGACGUGGACGAGGAGCUCCUCGACAUUGAGGACGACAUCAUCUACACUCAGGACUUCACGGUGCCCGGUGGCGAGGCGGCAUCUGAGGCAGGGCUUAGAGAGAGAGGCCCACGGAAGAGCCAGUGCUCAGAACUUUCUGGAGAGGAGGCGGAGGCCAGGGCCACUGCGGAGCUCCUGGCGGGGCCGGGGACUUAGCAUGGCACUGCCGCACCCCUGCGGGCCCUCGCUGACCUUGUCUGGGUCUGAGGGAGGCUGGGCCGCUGCCCACCCCACAGCAUCCCGGUUCUGUGCUGGCCUGGGGCUGGCUCCACAGGCUCCUGGCAUAAAGGUCUGCCCCGCUGAGUGUGUGCGGCUCGUGCUUGCCUCUUGCGGCUCACCAGCCAGGUCCUAGGCUUCUACUGUAGCAAGUGCCUGUGAGCAGGGCCGCUGCAGGGCCCAGGGCUUCCAGGGAGCGGGCCCUGGGCGGGUCUGGUGUCCUGCUCUCCUGGUGUCAGGCUCGUGUCUCUGGUGCCUGUGGCAGCCAGCGGCGGGGUCAGCCUGGAGCUUGUGCCUCUCUGGCUUGGGCUCAGCCAUAUCCCUGUUGGGGUCCUAGGGUCUGGAGCUCUGGGAUGUGGUGUGUGUGGUGCCCCUGGCCCUGGGACCCUGGCCACAGUUGAGUCCUGGGUCUGAGGCCUCCUGGAGCCUCAGUCCACUCCACAGAACAGGAACCAGGUGUCAUGCCUCUCAGAGACACGUGGGCCCACCGCGGGUGCCUGGGUGUGGCCUGCCAGGCCCCCAGAGCCUUGCCAGGCACUGACUGUCCCUCCAGGCCUAUGCCGGAGGCCGGGUGCUGCUUUUCCCGGUGGUGGGGGAAGCUCGUCCAAGAGUGCUUCUCUGGGCCCAAUCGGGUCCCUGGCCCAGGGGUGUCCCCCAUGCCAGACAUGGGACAUCUGGCCCCGAGGUCAGGCCGCUGCCUCUCUCUGACCUACUCGCCGGUCAGCAGCUGGCUGUCCACUGCUCAGACCCCUCUCACUCCCGCCCUGGUCCUACUCAGACUUCCCGCUGCUUGCCUUGACCUCCUGGGCUGUCCCUGGUCCUGCCGCCCACCUCAGAGCUGGGUGUGGGCCUGCUGCUGGUGUUGGUUGGUCUGGGCCAGUGGGGGGAUCACAUGCCCACCAGCCGUCCUCUACCUAGAGUCACUGCACUGGGGGCUGGGCUUUGGGUGAUCUGUGCACGGCCCCUCCCUGCUGGAGCAGGUGCCUGACACCCCUGGUGCCCAGAAUUCUGACUUGAGAUGCCUCUCGUGUAUAGGUGGGUGGGCUCCUGGCAAGUUUGGCGGCUACCGAGUAGGGAGUAGGCAGUGGACGCUGUUGGAGAUGGGGCUCUCAUGGGGAGGAGAGGGGCUCGAGGCAGUGGAGGGCGGUUUCCUGCCGAUGUCCGCAGGAGGAGGGUGGCUGAGCGCACAGCGCCCUCCAUCCCCCACGGCUCGGCGGGAGCUCAAAAUGCGGGGCGAAAUGUGGGGUGUGCAGCCCAGGCCAAUGGCCCUGCGGGAUGCCUGUGAGGGCUGGCGGCCUGCAGAGAGGAUGGGUGGAGUGCAUGGGCCCUAUGCCAAUCCCUCUGUUGGUGCCCAGCGUGGAGAGCCGAGGUGGGCCUUUGUGGGAGAGACAUAGGGUCUCCUCAGAGGCUGGCGAGGUCUGACUGU